GUCAGAUCAUGCCCAAAACUUCUUGAAGAUGCUACUUCUUAUUGUCAGAUCAUGCUAGGAGCCAUUUUAGUAGAGUUGAUAGUGCCUUUUGAUUUGUUAAAAAGUCUAACCGUGUUGAUAGUGCAACACGUCGUUUAUAAUCCAAAAGUAUCCUGAUCAAUGAGACAACUCAGAUUUUUCUCAGAAUCAUCAGAAUAUACUCGCUCAUGAUAAACUUCGGACUCAAAAAGUUAUAACACACGCCAGAUUCUUGAAAUUUGAUUUUGAAAAAUGGAUUCUCGAGACGCCUCGUCCGCAUCUUCAGGAAGUGCUCAUUUACGCGCUCGCGCUGCACUCCGAACCUUACGAGCCAACCGAGAGCAGAAUGCCAGUACAAAAAAUGGGAGUAUGCCUAUCACCAAUAUUACAGCUACAACAGGCGCAGCUGCUUCAUCAUCCAGUACUGGCAGCAGAUCUGCAGUCGCUGGAGCUGGACCUGGAGACAACGGAAGAUGUAAUUCCAGUAUGAUCAGCACCAUGCGUGGCGGCAAGAAUGUAAGGCUGAAUCCCUGCAACUCUACCUCAAACAGUAAUAUUGCGAAUCACAAAACAAAAAGCUCCAGCACUUCUACUACUACUACUAGGCCUGCUGGUGCUCUCCCGGCAGGUGGAGCAGCUGUAGUCCUAGAUAGUAAUCCUUUACGAAAGUCAUGUCGUAGGCUGGAAGAAGUGGCGUCACCAAGUACAACUAGAACCGAACAAGAUCAUAGAGAUACCACAGGCUCUUCUUCUUCUUCUUCUUCCUCUAUUCCACGAAGCAAAGAAUUACUUGAAGCAAUGAGGCGAUUACUACGAACAACAUCAUCGUCUGCGGAAAUUGAUAGAGCAGAAAGUGAAGUAGAUGGCGCAGGAGCCAACACAGCAAUUCCAGUUGUAGCUUCUACUUCUGCAUCAUCUACCCAUCAUCUUCCAAGGCCAGAAGAUUCAUCUUCUUCAAGUUCAACAUCAAGGAGAAACUACUACAGCACGAAGAAAAGCGCACCAUUUGCAGUACCUAUGGAAAUUGAGGAGCAGGACAUGAUAGACAACUACGAAGAAGAUGUGGCUUCUCUGGAGAGGAAACUUCUAGAGCGGGAGGCUGCUUUAAAGCAAGACGUAGCUGCUUUGGAAGAGAAGAAAAGGCAACAGCGCGUACAAUCUCUCCGCGACGCAGCUUCAACGCAUUUUCGAUCAUUGACGAAGAAUUUUGAAGCCGACAAGAAUAUCCAAUUGGAUGAAGAACUUACCAGGGCACGCGAACUUCUGUACAUGCCCGUGAGAGAGCAACUAGAUACAGCGUUGAAGAAAGUGGACACCCAGAUCACUUUGCUGGAGGAAAAACGGAAAAGACUGAGCGCUCAACGACACAAGCUGGAAGGUGAUCAUGAGCAAGUGGUUGCAGAAUUGACGACGAAAGCAGAGAAAGCGAAGAAAGAACACAGAGAAGAAGUCGCGAUGAGGGUUCUGGCGGAGCUGAAAAUGCAAAUGGGGAAUCAGUUUGAGUUUCCCAGUCCGAUGAUGACGGAAGCCAAGGACAGUUCCACAAUUGCAUCUGCAUCUUCAAAUAGAGGUAAACUAGAACUACAACAGAGGAGUAGACGUAUAGUGGAUGACCCAUCUGCCGAGCGAGAUCUUGCUUUUUUUUUGGGAUCAAUCUUUCAAGGAGAAGGACCCGAGAAUGAUUAUGAUUUUUCCAUGAGGUAGCACACGCAUAAUUACAGGAAGCAAAAUUGUUAGUAAUUACUAGGGAAGUUGCUCCUCUGGACCCCACGUGGCAAAUAUAGUGGGCUAGGAAGUUCCUCCUUACUGCAACAAGAUUUCUUUUAGCUUCCUUGACUAUUUUGAAAACGAG